AUCUCUUUUCCUGUUGCUCCUUUUCCUUUUUCACAGACUUUAAAUAUGGCUGGCUCAACAAUUAGUACUCAGUGGACACAUCUCAUCAGAUUUGAGGACGAGCACGGCAAUGUUCGUUAUGGCCAGCCGAUCCUUAGUGGAUCACAACUUACUGUCGCGGAUGUCAGUGGUGGCCAGUUGAAGGCCUAUCUAAUCGAAGGGGAUGUCUUCGGCACUCAUCGAGUUACAAGCACUGUGCUAUCUGUUAAGAAGGUGCUCGCUCCUAUCCUUCCACCUUUCUACAGAGGCAUCGGCCUCAAUUACCGCCGUCAUGCGGAAAUCACCAAAGCAAAGACACCACAAAACCCUAUUGUAUUCAUCAAGCCUCCAAGAACGACAGCAGGUCCGCUGGACCCAAUCAUUAUUCCCACCAUAUGCCAGGACGGCCAGACCGAUUAUGAAGCCGAGUUAGCAGUGGUGAUUGGCAAACCUUGCAAGGAUGUGUCCAAAGAAGAGGCACUAAAUUAUGUUGCUGGCUAUACUGCAUGCAACGAUGUAUCUGCACGCAAGUGGCAAACACAAUUAUGCGGAGGCCAGUGGUGUUUUGGUAAGGGGUUCGAUUCAUUCAACCCUAUCGGUCCGAUGAUCGUCUCUUCCAAAGUUAUGACGGAUCCCAACAACGUGCGCCUUGGCACCAAAAUCAACGGCAAGGUGCUACAGGAUUGGAAUACGAGUGAUAUGAUUUUUGAUGUGGCAUCAAUCGUCAGCUUCUUGUCGCAAGGAUCUACAUUGAUGCCAGGGGAGAUCAUUUGUACUGGUACCCCUCACGGCGUCGGUUCGAUCCUGUCGCCCCAGGUGUGGCUCAAGGAUAAAGACGUGUGCGAGAUCUUUGUUGACGGCAUCGGAAGUCUUGUGAACCCUGUCGUGCACGCAAAGGGCACAAUCAAGCUGUAAAUAAAAAUAAAGCUACUUUUUUUUUUCCACAUAUCUUUUGGAUUCAGGGCAAGGAUCAUUUCGUGUAUUUAAG